AUGUUUGAAUUUGUUUGGCUUGAUUGUACUGCUGAUUCCACUGAAGAAAAUAAAGAGAUUCAAAAGAAACUUCGUCAUAUCAUUGAAAAACUGCGUACAUUUGAUAGUAUUGAAACAUGUGAAAAAUAUCUUCGAAAUACUCCGAAAGAAUCAAUUAUUUUAAUCGUCUCAGGUGCUUUUGGUCGACAAAUUAUUCCUAAAAUACAUGAUCUUCCACAAAUAAUUGCAUUUUAUGUAUUUUGUCAGAACAAGAAACCUAACGAAGAAUGGGCAAGCAAAUAUAAUAAACUUGGUAUCGUCUGCACUAGUAGUUCAGAAUUAAUUACUAGUAUCUCAAAAGAUCAAAGUACUCGAACAGGUACAGAAGAAAAUCCAUUGAUUUCUAUAAAUAUGAAAUUACCCAGUUGGCUUUAUGCGGAUGAUUUAGUUGAAAGUUUAUCUGGACGUGAAGCAUUUCUAAAAAAUGAAGAUCUGAACCCAGUUGAACGCAAACGACGUCUAUGGGGACCUUGGAAUUUUGUUGCAUUUUGGCUAGCUGAUUCGAUUAAUGUUAAUACAUGGAUGAUUAUUUCAACUAUGGUUAUUGGCGGUUUAGCUUGGUGGGAAGCAUGGCUCUGCGCUUGGAUUGGUUAUACAUUUUCAGCUGUUUUCAUUUGUUUAUCUGGACGAAUUGGUGCAACAUAUCAUAUCUCAUUUCCAAUUGUUAGUCGAUCUUCUUUUGGUUUAUUUGGAUCAUUGUGGCCUGUUUUCAAUCGAAGUUUUAUGGCGUGUAUCUGGUAUGGCGUUCAAGCAUGGUUGGGUGGAGAAUGUGUUGUACUCAUCUUACGAUCUAUUUGGCCUUCGUAUGGAACACUACCGAAUACUCUACCGGCGUCAUUUGGUACGAAUACACGAGAUUUCAUUGGUUUUAUUAUUUUUUGGACACUUUCGUUAAUCGCCAUCUGGUUUCCUGUACAAAAAAUAAGAAUUCUCUUUACUGUUAAAUCGAUUGUUGUACCUAUUGCAGCCGUAGCAUUCUUUAUUUGGACCUUAGUAAAAGCAAAAGGUCUUGGUCCUGUUAUUCAUCAACCUGGUACACUCAAAGGUAGUCUUCAUGCUUGGGCAUGGAUGAGUGGAAUUAUGAGUUGUAUUUCAAAUUUUGCUACACUCAUAGUUAAUAAUCCAGAUUAUACUCGUUUUGCUACACGUCCAUCAGCUGUUUUUUGGCCACAAUUACUUACCAUUCCGAUUGAGCUUUUAGGCGAAUUUCUCGACUCUCAACCAUCAACUGGAACACGUAUUGGUGUCUUCUUUAUCUCAUUAGCAUUUGCACUAGCUCAACUAGGUGUUAAUAUUGCAGCAAAUUCUGUAUCAGCUGGAUCUGAUUUAACAGCACUUUUACCGAAAUUUCUCAACAUUAGACGAUCUGGUUAUAUCUGUGCUGUAGUUGGUUUAAUUAUUUGUCCUUGGAAUCUUCUUGCCAGUUCGUCAACAUUUACAAGUUAUUUAUCUGCAUACUCUACUUUUCUUUCAUCGGUUGUUGGUGUUAUGAUAUCCGACUAUUAUUUUGUACGAAAAGGUUAUCUUAAUAUUAACGAACUCUAUUCAGGAUCAAAACAAGGCAUCUAUUAUUAUACAUUGGGCGUGAAUUGGCGAGCAUACGUUGCAUAUAUUGCAGGAAUUCUUGUUAAUGUAGUCGGAUUUGCUGGUGAACUAGGCGCGAAUAUUUCAAUUGCAGCACAUAAUAUGUAUCAUUUAAAUUUCUAUCUUGGAUUUAUUGCUUCUGCACUAUUGUAUUACGUAUUAUGCAAAAUAAGUCCAGUGCCAGCAUGUGGUCAAAAAUGGCCAAGUGAAAUUAUUGAUGACGACGAUAAAGAGAUCAUACUUGAUACUAUAACCAUCAAUAAAAAAGAACAGAAUGAUGAUAUUAAAUUAUAA